UUUGUCAUCUCUUCGCAUCAGGCCCUUCACCUUGUUACACAACACUGCCAAAAUGCUUGUAUACACUGGCAAGAUCAACUACGGUAGUUAUGCCCAAGAUGAGAUCAUUACUGUCAUCUUUGGUGAAAACUCCGCGACCAUGGACGAGCCGGUCAUUGCAACCUGGCAGUGGACUCAGAAUGCUGCCGGUGAAAGGAAGGCAAACUCGAUCCACAUCGGGACCCUGAACGGGUUGCGAAACCUGAACACAGGGGAGAGGCAGAUCGAGUUCCUUCAGAAUCAGGCGUCGGAGUCCUACUACUGGUUUAAGGGGCAGGUGACAGAGUCCGGUUUAACCUUGACCAUGUUUAACGAAAGGGAUGAGUUCUGUGUCGACAACAUCACUCUUGAACGUACAUAUUCAUCUUAAAGUUCCC